UUAGAAAGAUGUUAAUCCGCUCAGUCUGAGCAGGGGCCACACGCACACCUGAGGAAAACAUGGGCCUGUUGUCCAUUCUCCGGAGGCUGAAGCAGUCUCCAGAACAGGAAGUACGCUUGCUGUUGCUUGGCUUGGACAAUGCUGGAAAAACCACUCUGCUGAAACAGCUGGCAGCUGAAGAUAUCAGCCACAUCACCCCCACACAAGGCUUCAAUAUAAAGAGCGUUCAGUCAUCUGGCUUCAAGUUGAAUGUUUGGGACAUCGGAGGUCAGCGCAAGAUCCGCCCCUACUGGAGGAAUUAUUUUGAGAACACAGAUGUAUUAAUCUAUGUGAUUGACAGCUCAGACAGAAAAAGAUUUGAAGAGACUAGUCUGGAGCUGGCUGAGUUGCUGGAGGAGGAAAAGCUUGCUGCUGUGCCAUUGCUCAUCUUUGCCAACAAACAGGAUCUGAUGACAGCCACCCCAGCGUCUGAGCUGGCAGAAAGUCUCAAUUUGCACACCAUCCGCGAUCGCAUGUGGCAGGUCCAGGCCUGCUCAGCAGCCACGGCUGAGGGAGUGCAGGAUGGCAUGACCUGGGUUUGCAGAAAUAUAACGUUUCGGAAAAGGUAAUUCAGGAACAACAGAUCUGUGAAGAAUUGCAGUUGCACUUUACACUUGACCCAUCCAGUCACUUUAUGUCCGGGACAAAUAGGUGACAGAAUGUGUUGUUAUUUUAUUCUAUUUUUGCCAUUCUGUCUUCACGUGACAGGGUUAAGACAUUUUACAAGUAGAAAUUGUUAAUACAGUCAUUCUACAUGUGUUAACUUGCAUGUCUUGAAAUGUAUAUACUGUGUAUAUUAGGCUGUUUUGUUUAAACUGCUGGUUCGGCACACUAUUUUUUUUUGUAA